AUGCUCGCUUAUCCAAGCUGAGUCUGCAACUGACCAAGAUAGGCCGCACCGCAGUGCUGUCCCUGCUCACUCGGUUUGCGCCCCUGACCAACUAAGACGCUACUCUGCACCAGUAUAACCACGGCAGCAUUAUAGGCAUGAUGGAAUACCAGCCCUGAGGCCGGAGGACUUCAAGUUCAAAUAUCAAACGAGCGCCUAAAGGCGGACUCUCCUACUAUUUGAGCAUUGAUAAACCUAGAGCUCUCAUAGGCAUGGCACACACCCCCUGAACGCGGCAAAAAUGAAGGUCCCCUGCACGGAAUGCAGUCAGCUCUGCAGGAGGAAAGUCGUCAAGCGCGGCACUGAGAACAUCGGCAGGAUCUACUACAAAUGCGAGACAUGCAACCACAAGGUUGGCUGGGAGGAUGAGCUGGAAAAGGGCGUGCUGCCGUGGAAGCGCAAGCCAGACCUAGUUGCAGCUGGCACGGACGCCAAACAGACAGAUGACCCCCCGCCGGCAGUGCCCGUGGCAGCAAUCACUGCAGGCCCGUCAGCCACUGAUGCGCAGCGGAAGACCGCGUCCGCUCGCCGGCCCGAGGCAGGGCAGCAGCUACCUGCAGCAGCAGUGGGAGGCAACCGGCGGACUGCCGUGGACGCAACACCUGUGGCAGCGGGUGCGGUUGUGGGCGUGACGGCUCAGCGAGUGUCUCCGGAUGCACAGCCAGACAUUGCGGGAGCCGGAGCACCAGCAGCACAGCAGCAACAGCAACAGCAGCAGGGCCACGUGAGUGUAGCCGGCUCGACAGCCGCGGGCAGCACAACCCAGGCCCAGCCGGCUACGCGCACCCGGCGUGCGGCGUCAGCUGCAGCAGUGGUUCCAAAGCCUGGGCCAACAGCACCCAAUGUCGCAACAGCGGCUGCAGUGCCUCUACCGAAAGAGGACGACGAUGAAGUCGAAAUUACCUGCGAGGUGCAGGCCGAGGCGGGGCCCGGGUCAGCGGCGGCUGCGGCUACAGCUGCCGCCGGCGGUGCAGCGGCUGUGGAUGCGGCGGGAAAGCGGCGAGCGCCAGCGGCUGGUGGCGCGCAACCAUUUGCGCCGCCGACUCCCGACAGCAUUGCGGAUGAGAACGAUGAAGAGGUUCACAGCAACGGCGCAGGGCCACAGGCGGGCGCAGAAGGGCCGCCGCAGCAACCGCGUGCAGAGCAGGUGGCAAAUGCGUCCAGAGUAGGUGCUGUGCCGGGUGCGCAGGCUCCAGGGGCUGCUCGACAGCAGCAGGGAACAACUUUACAAACGGCGGCUGGGCGGACAAUUACGUCGAUUGCGGAGGAGCCGCACCUAGCGGCGGCGAAGCGGAAGUUUGAGGCUGCGGCAGGGGGCGGACCGCCGAACAAGCGGCAGGCCACAGCCGCAGCGGUGGCGGGCACGGUGAAUGGCGUGAUGUUGAAUGGCGUUGGGCCGUCCGUUCAAUACUCACGCAGCAGUCCUGCCACUGCGGCGGCAGGGACACGCGCAGCGGCAGUUGCCGCAGCACAGGCGCAGGCGGCUGCGCAGGCUGCAGUGGCGGCCCAAGUUGCCAGUGCCAAGGGAGUGCAUCCCGCCGCGGCCGCGGCUGCUGCGGCCGACCACGCAAUAAAUACCCAGGGCAUGUUCGCAGCACGUAAUGUACAGGCGCUGGGGGCCGGGCACGCGGGAGCGGGUGCUGCUGGCGCGGGUGUCAAGCCGCCGCAGCCGGUAGUCGACUUUGUCAAUUACAUCCCAGGUGUGAACGCGACGCCAACGGAGCGGGGUCUGUACCACCAGCUGCGUCAGCUGCGGACCGAGCGGGCCCAACUUGAAGCGCAGCUGUCACAGGUGCAGGCGCGGAACGCCGUGUUGGAGCAGGCGUUGGAGGCGCAGCAUCUCAAGGUUAAGCCGCUGGAGCGGCAGUUGGUGGAGUUGCGGGGGCGCGAGGGAAACUACGUGAGCCAGAUCAAGGGCCUGAAGGAGCAGGUGGCCAUCUACAUCGCGAGGGACCGGGCGCAGCAGGAGGCCACGGCUCGCAAGGCCGCGGCGGACCAGGCGGCACGCGCACAAGCCGAGACCGCUGCGCGCGAGCAGGCGUGGGCACAGGCGCAGGCGGCACAGCACGCUCAGGCCGCGCAGCACGCGCAGGCGGCGCAACAUGCGCAAGCUGCACAGCAAGCACAGGCGGCGCAAGCCGCGCAGGCGGCAGCGGCGCAGGCUGCUGAGGCUUCUGUGCAUGCACAGGCACAAUACUCGGCUGCCUACGCACAGUGGUUCGGCCGCGGCUUCCCGCCUGGCUUCGCGCCGCACGGGUUUGCACAGCAGGCGCAGGCGGCACACGCUCAGUACGCCGCUCAGCAGCAGCAGCAGCAGCAGUACCCUUUUGGCGCUGCCCACCAGCAGCAGGCGCAGCAACAUGUAAACGGCGGUGCGGCGCCUCAACAGCCGCAGCAGCCGCAGGCACCAAUGCAGGCGCCGCAGGACGCCGCGGCUGAGGCAGCAGCCUGGGCUGCCUUCGCCACCGCCACGCCACCUAUGCUGGACGACAGCACCUCGGUACGCGCGCUCAAAACCUUCCUGGAGCAGGCGGGUGCUGCGGCGGCAACUCGCACGUGCAGCGAGAAGGGCGAGCUGCUGGCUCUGGCGCGGGAGCGGCUGAAUGCGUGGGAGAUCCGGCGCGUGAUUGCGUGCAGCAAGUUGCAGGGCUACGAGCGGCACGUGUUCCGGCUCACGCGGGAGUUGCACACGCUGGCGGCGCUGCAGAAGUCGUGGCGUGAUCUGCGCAUCCGGCUGCAUCCGGACAAGAAUCCCGGCGACGACCUGGCCACGCCGGCCUUCCAGUUCCUGCAGGUUGCGUUUGAAAAGCUGAAGAAGGAUUUCGAGGGGCCGCGCCGGUGAGGCCGGCCGGGCAGCAGAACCAGAUGUUGUUUGAAGCGGCCUGGAGAUAUAGACUGGUUGAUCCAUCACCAGGAGUAGGCGCAGGAGCAGUAGUGGCAGACAGUGGAGGCGGCCGCGGUGCUAGCGCUGGCUAGGCUAUGGCAUUCGCCGGGGUGACAAGCAUGCACUAGCAGGUCCAAGCGGACAGGCAAGCAAGGGCAGCUUCAGGUGCUUGGUCUAUCUGGGUGACACUUGCGGAGUAGCAACAUGACUAAUGGGGAGCAAGCGGUGGCGACAUGAAGUGACGGCCACAAGACAGGCACGCAUUACGGCCUCGUCCUGAAGGCUUCUGCCGUCGCUAACGGCUGGUGUGGGUUCUGGUGCACUUCAUCGUUUGAAAAUAGCUUGGGCCUCUUGCGUACAAGAAUGUGGUGUAUGCUGUAUUGCCUUUAGAAUGUGCUGUACGGUAUGCUGUAUUGCCUUUAGGAUGUUCUGUAUUACCUGGAGGUAUCGAGCAGAGGCGGCAUGAAGCAGAGGCAGCAUGAAGUAGUCCAUGGAAGUAUGAAGCAGAGGCGGCUGCAGCUGACGUCAAACAAAUGACUCCAGGUGACUAUUGCACGUAAGCCGGAGUGACACGGUGACAAAGGAGUGGUGGCAUGUUUCGACAAGGAGUGUAAGAUUGUUAUAUC